AUGGCAUCAUCACAGACCGGCCGCGGAUGCUUUUGGGCCUUACGAAGUAUCGUUUUCGUUCUCAAUUUAUUUUUUUGGCUUUCCGGAUUAUUUGUACUGGUUUUGGGCUUAUGGCUUUUACUGGAUCGUUCGGUUAAUGAUAUUCUCACAACAAAUAGUCCAUCACAAACGAACGAUCAUUUUUCACUGAUAUGUUAUCUGCUAAUUGGUACCGGUGUAUUAAUGACGCUAAUUGGUGGUUUAGGCUGCUGUGGUGCAUGGCGUCUCAAUCAAGGGAUGUUAGUCGGUUUCUUCAUUAUCCUUCUAUUGGUAUUUUGCCUACAAUUGGCUGCAGCAAUAUUGGCCUACAAUCAACAGGAAUUAAUCAAGCGCUAUAUUGAUCAAUCAAUGUAUCAUAUUGUGCAGGAACUUUACGCCACUCAACCAGCCUAUAAAGAAUUGUUUGAUAAUAUACAAAGUGAAUUUGAAUGUUGUGGUGUUAGAGGAUAUCGAGACUGGUUAUACUCUUCAUGGGGACGCGAUGUUCCUGGAAAAACUGAACUUGGGAUAGGUUAUUCGGAUAUUGGCAAAGUACCCCAAUCAUGUUGCAAUGAACAGGGCAUGCGUGAUUAUCCGAUUGAUUGUGGCUUAACUUUCGAUAAAUUGGAGCUUCAUACCUAUGAACCUUUUAUUCAUUCAAAGGGUUGUAGUGAAGCAAUUUAUGAUGCAGCUAACAGUCAUCUGGACAUUGUAAUUGCGGUCUGUGUCAUUAUGGGUAUUAUUGAGCUACUGGGUAUGUUCCUAACAAUGUUAUUGUGCUGUUGCCUAAAUGUCGAACAACAUCGAAAAGUAAGCUUGUAG